AUCUCAAUUAAUGCUCAGCAUGAUGAUAAGAAAGACGUUACAUUAAAAUAUUAUCAGUAUGGCUACAAAGAGGAACAGUCGCUUUUUAAGUUUGGUGUAUUCCACAAUAUGACUCCCACCUCCUACACGAAUCUAGCCGCUCACAUUUUUUACAAAACCCAUGAUAAUUUCUUUCACCACCGUAUGUUUUGAAUCUUGUAGUCAAAUGGAAAAUUGUCCGUAAACGCCACAUAAGGCCAAAUGAGCUGCCGUAGUGCGUCACAUGUUGACUUGUGUUGCUAGCACGUUGCUAUUCGAUGCUACCGAGAGCUGUCUUGGCAUGUAGCAAAAAGGAAUACGUAACGACACACUGCUCUGCUGUUAUUGUUACAACUCCCUUAAAAUUAAUGAAUACACCCGCGUGUUGUCCGACAAAACACAACCGUUAAAUGUUUUACUCAUUCUGACAUGCUAGCCUAGCUAGCCUGCUUGCUAGCCAGGAAGAAGAGUUGACAUCUCCCUGUUGGCUUUAAGUCAAUACAGUCAACAUAGGACCUGAAAUAGAGUGUGCUCCAGAUGCGGCUAAAGGACCCUUUCUCUUUGAAAGCCGCCAAUAUGACUAAGCGGACUAACAAACCGCGGAAACCUCGAGAUGAAGAGUCGUCAGAUGAAGUUAGUGGACUGACUUGUCAGCAUGUGAGUAAGGCAGUGGACCUGAGCUCAGUGAAGAAGUCUGUGCUCUCCAGUAUGUGGUUAGUUUGCUCAGAGUGUCUGAAGGAGAGGACUUUGAUCGAUGGAGAGCCUGCAGCAUCACAGGACAUCCUUGUGUGCUUAAAGUGUGGCUUCCAGGGCUGUAACAAUUCGGAGAUCCAGCACGCUGUCAAGCACUACCAAAUGUUCCAUCCAGAGUCUCACUGCAUCACCAUUAGCUUGAGCACAUGGAAAGCUUGGUGUUUUGAAUGUAAUGAGGAGCUCUCCACUCACUGCAACAAGAAGGCUUUGGCUCAGUCCCUGGACUUUUUACAAAAGCACUCUGUCAAGGCAUCAUCAGCAGUAUCACCCAAGAUCAUCAAGCUGCGAGAGGAGCCAUCAGAUUGCACCGAUCCACCCAGAGGCAAAAGUCCAGUCGUCCACAACACCUUGGUUCCUGUUAAAGGCAUCAUUAACCUUGGUAACACCUGCUUCUUCAAUGCUGUUAUGCAGAACUUCGCCCAGACACACAUGCUCAUUGAGCUUAUCCAGGAAUUGAAGGAGAAAGGAUACAAACUGAGGAUCUGCCCACCUGUUGAGUCUAACCUGAGUCCAUUAAUGAUCACGCUGCCCAGUCCAGAGCCACUGACGGCUGCCAUGUUCUUCUUCCUCCAGAGCAUGAAAGAACCAGGGAAAGGCCAGGUCAAUCCCAAGAUUCUUUUUAAUCAGCUCUGUCAGAAAGCUCCGCGGUUUAAGGGCUACCAGCAACAAGACAGCCAGGAGCUUUUGCAUUACUUACUGGACUCUAUACGAGUAGAGGAAACUAAGGAUUGGUUACUCAAAUACCUGGCAAAGUCAAGUCUCUGGCGGGUGAGGGCAGGCAUUCUGAAGGCCUUUAACAAUCCCACAGAGAAGACGGCAGAUGAGGAGACCAAACGUCAAGUCAAAGCAUAUGGAAAGGAUGGCGUGAAGAUGAAUUUCGUUGAUCGCAUCUUUGUAGGCGAGUUGACCAACACUAUUAUGUGUGAAGAGUGUGAGCAUAUCUCCACAGUGAAGGAGGCUUUCAUAGACAUCUCCUUACCAAUCAUAGAGGAGAGAAUGUCAAAACCAUCCUAUCCCAGUAGGCUGGGCAAGGGCAGCAAAGAGCAGGACACAAACUCUUCCCACACUGACCAAGUUUUUUCUGCAGGUCACUCUGUCAACAGAAACACCAGGAAGCUGAGUGGACAGAAACAACAGAGCAGGAGGUCUUCAAGUUCUGUGGAGGAGAAGGGAGCAAGCUGUGGGGUGGAGCAACCAGAGGAGGAGGGGGGAGCUGGUGGAUUAGCACGUGGGGUCACAGUUUGCAAGAUGGCCACUGCCGGCAGCCUGUCAGAUGGCAGUGAAAGAGACUCAGGUGCUCAAGACAGCAGCAAUGAUGCUGACAGUGAGGCAUCAGAGAGUGAGUGGACCCCACGCACCUUCUCCUCCAGCCACGGGCACACGUCCAUUCCAUCAUCCACUUCUACCCUCACUCCAUCCCCUACACCUGUCUCUGCCCCCUCCCCCAUGUCAUUAUCCUCCACCAGGCAGGGUGGUGCUGUAGAGCAGCUAGCUACUGCAGUGUCUAAAGUUAACCUGGGGUAUAGUUCUGGGGACUGCUCUGCCUCCACACACUGUUCUCCAGAGGAGCAGGGAGAGGCACAGUCACGAGACAACCUUCACCACCAUCAUCAGCACCACCAGGGAGCCUUCCAGGCACUGUCCCACAGUUACACUCCCUCCUCCAAGGAGUGCUCCAUCCAGUCCUGCCUCCACCAGUUUACCUCAGUGGAGCUGCUGAUGGGCAACAACAAGCUGCUGUGUGAGAACUGCACUGAACGCAGACAGAAGCAGUUGCGGAAGAGCAGCUCAUCCGAUAAGAGGGUGGAGAAGAUUUACACCAGUGCCAGGAAGCAAAUGCUGAUAUCUUUGCUGCCACCAGUUAUCACGUUGCAUCUGAAACGCUUCCACCAGGCAGGGAUGAACCUUCGAAAGGUGAACCGCCAUGUUGACUUCCCUCUGGUCUUGGAUCUGGCUCCAUUCUGUUCGGCAUCCUGCAAGAACCUGGCAGCCGGUGAGCGUGUCCUCUACAGUCUGUAUGGGAUUGUCGAGCACAGUGGCUCAAUGCGUGGCGGCCACUACACAGCAUAUGUUAAAGUACGCUCUGCCCAGAGGAAAACAGAACAGCACCACAGGAACCAGUCAGGUGCGAGGGAGGCCAGUGGAAGCUCCCCAGGCCAGUGGGUGUACGUCAGCGAUACCACCGUUCAGACAGUACCGGAGUCAAGGGUACUCAAUUCUCAGGCAUACCUGCUCUUUUAUGAGGAAAUGCUGUAACGUGACCAGCCUAAAAAUCUAUUUCGAGUUGUGUUGUUUUUUUUGAAGAACCUCUAUGUCAACUCCUACGAUAUCUGUAAGUGGAUGGAGGGAAGAAAAAGGGAAAGGCCUCACUGCACACUCACUUUGUGGACAUAGUCAUUUUCAUACAAAGUCUAAAUGCAACUUUCAGAUCAGAUGUCCAAAUUAUUUUCUGAUUUCACACGGUCCUGAUUUUCAGUCGUGUUUGUGUCAUAAAAGAUCCUACCCUUUAAAAAGCGGUUGUAUGAAAAAAGGGGUUGAUUGAACUUGAGCUGUUCUAAAUUUAUCUUGGUCACAAUUGUAUGCUUGAGAUUUAAAGUGCAUGAAAGAGUUCAGUAACUAACCGGAAACAGGCAGAGUUAAUGCAUGCUCAACUGUGCUCCGCACUGAAUAGUUGAUGUCAAUAGUGUGUGUGGCGUGUGUGUGUGUAUGAGAGAGAGGGGGGGAGAUAAUGUUCUAAGGGUUCUAAGUUCUGAGGUGCUGAAUGUGAAGCAUUUUCUAAUCAGAAUACAACUGCCACAAUAAAUUAGUACAUACUGUAUUGUAAUUAACAAAAAAUGACAACUCAGGCUGAGCAAAAUAGAAAGAGCUCUCCUCAAGUCAGUGCUCUACACAGCUGAUUUGACAUUGUGUGGCAAGGGUCCAUUGGCUUUGAUAUAGUGACAAAUAUGGUUGAUUAUUUCUGAUAAUGGCAAGAAAGAGCAGGAGAACCAUGAAUUUGCACAUUUUCACUGAUGACAAAUGAGCAGUGGGAGAAGUGCUAUAAUCACCAGUAGUCUGUGUAGUGGCCAGCAGUGUUAUAAUUGUCAAGAACAGGAAUGAGGAGUCUUUUCUGACUAAAUGCUUCUCUUAUAUGAAUGUAACGUCAACCACACGUACCAUCAGUGAGCCUGAGGUGGCAGAAGUGCAGGUACAAGUAUUUAAGUAACGCUCAUGAUUUGUGCGCUUUGUGUCAAUGAAUUUCACGCCACUCGAGUCCAUCAUGGAGACUCAACGUUGAUGACUUUCACUCAGACUUUGAGGUUAAUGACCUGAUGUGUGGCUAACAAUUGUCUCAGCCCUGGCUCUUGUUUGUUUAUGUUUUGUUUUUUUUUUGUUCAUGUUAUCACAUCUUACAGUAGUUUACACUGACACACUGAUUGAAACUGCUGCACACAGCACCUUUUUAAGAGUAGCACAGCAGUUUUUCCAACAUCAGAAUGUAUACAUGUAUGACGAUCAGUCGGUUACAUUUGCCAAAGAUGAGUUUUUCAACCGCAUGUCGGAGCAGAAAAUCAAAACCAAACUCACAAAUUGUUUACUCUACACAGUUUUAAUACCAUUUGUUCUUACCACCAGUAUCUCGAUUGGUGUCACUGCACAAACAAACGUACUAGAUGCUCAUCAGCCCAUCAAAGCACCUUGUUUACCUUCCAUUGUUUUUCAGCUGUGCUGUAACUCAGUAGGUGCAAACCCAUCAAGACGUUUUACAGAGUCAGUACUGCAAGACUGACUUUUUAUUCUUGAAUACUAUCAAUGAAAAAAAAAAUCAGAGGCUUCAUGCUGUACUACAUCUUUGUUAUGUGUAUGUUCUAAUGAAUGUAUUACCUAUUCUUGAAAUGUCUGUCUGUCACAGGAACUCCUUGUCUUUUUUUAAAAAACUAUUUUAAAUCAAAACUUGGUUUUCUUGCUUAUCGCACAUUUGCCAAACCAUUGGAAGGAAAAGGGUUCAACAUACUGUAUGCAUCGUAAUCCAGAGUUUUAUUUAGUUUUUUGAAACAGAGUGUGAGUGUGUGUGCGUGUGCACACGCAUGCAUGGUAUGAAGAAAUUAUAUAUGCAGACAAAAGCAAAGAGGAAUAUGUGUGGCAUAUGUAUGUACAGUACAGGUCACUGUAAGCAAAGGUAACGGUUUAUGUAAUUGUACAUAUAAAUAACAAUACAAAAUCAUGGUGCUUCAGGGUUUUUCCUUAAGGUAAGCUUUUGUUUCUUGAAAAAAGAAAAUCACAUUUAGCUUUGAAAUAUAAACAUUUGGAAUGAGUAAAAGUACAUACUGUCUAAAAAUAAAUCUAAUUUAUGAAGUGAAUAUCA